UUUGUUCUUAUCAGUACAGUGAUGGAGCAGCUGAUUUUUCCCAUCAGCAAUCAACAAUUUCAAAUAUAGUUUUUCUUUUAUUUUAAUCGAUAUUAAGGUUUAUCUGUAUCAGUAUUUUUUUAUGAUUUCUUUUAAAAUUUAUGAGCAAUAAAAUCGUGUGCGGUGUAGUGGACAACAACACGAUCACAAGUUGAUACAAGUUCAUUUCUACGCGCACGGCUCCCUCAGCCUAUUGGAAAUUUCCAAAGUGUUACAACAAGAAUGGCACAACGUUCAAUUUUCUUACUCUCCUCUUCUCGUGUACAUGGCUUUGUCUUUUUGGAGCAUGCCAAGGAGUUACUAAUUGAUUUUCUCUCAAAACACAAUGUGAAGACGGUGCUUUUCGUACCCUAUGCGCAGAAGGAUCACACGAAAUAUACGGAACUUGUUGAGAAAACACUCUCCCCAUGGGGCUAUAAAGUGGAAGGUUUACACGCUAAACCGAAUCCCAUUCAGGCUGUGCUACAAGCAGAAGCGAUUUUCAUUGGCGGUGGCAAUACAUUUGUGUUGCUCAAAGCGCUCUAUGAUCAAAACUUAAUUUCGAUAAUACGCGAACGUGUGCUACAGAAAGGCAUACCGUAUAUUGGUUCGAGUGCCGGCACAAAUGUUGCAACACUUUCCAUACAUACAACAAAUGAUAUGCCAGUGGCAUUUCCACCUACGUUCGAUGCGCUCCGGCUGGUACCGUUCAACAUUAAUCCUCACUACUUGGAGCCAGAUGCAUCGACACGUCACAAAGGCGAGACGCGAGAUGAACGUAUACUUGAGUUUAUAGAUUAUCACAAAUUGCCGGUGUUGGGUUUGCGCGAAGGCACCGCAUUGUUGGUGGAAGGUGAUAAAGCGACUUUAGUGGGAGAUCGCAAAGCGAAAUUGUUUGUGCCUGACAAAGAGCCUGUCGAAUUCGCUCCAAACGCUGAUCUCAGUUUUCUGCUGAAUAAAGUUUAAUGUACCAACGUCUUCUUGACGUAUGACAAAAGGCAAUAUCUUUAUGUUUUGGUUUACAACAUUUUAUUGAAAAUAAUGAAAAAUAAUUUACGAACCAUUACUCAAAGUUUUUACAAAUAAAAAAGCAUUUACUUAACUGUUCGAUUUUAUACAUUCAUAGUAUUAAAUAUUAUUUGCACAUACCGAAAUUAUAGCUGUAUCUUAUCUAAAAUUAUUUUAAAAGUAAAGUAGACUUAAAUAGCUCAAUGAAAAUAUAAUUAUUUACAUGGCUCCUUUUAUUAUAAUCUUUUUUUUACAAUGUAUAAACAGCGCUACAUGUGUAUGUAUGUAUGUACCUACAUAUGGACUUUCAUACGUAUAAAUGAAGCGUUCAAAUACAAAAGCAAACAUUCGAAACAAACGUAAACCUAGUUGAACUAUUUUUAAAGUAUUACUUUCGGUGUGAAAUUCUGGCAAUAUCGACAAAAGUAUAGCUAACUGUCCAAAAUUUGGCAUUGUUUGCCUUAUUUAUUUCUUUUUCAUUUUCAAUAGUUAAUUACUGUCAGUAUCGCAAUUACCAAGGAAAAUAUUUAUCGUAAACUCCAUUAUUUUUAUUUACGUAUUCACCUUCACCUAUCUAUGCAAGGUCAUCAAAUGUCGAACAUCAGAAAAAUAUCAGUUUAGCAUUUGCAAUAGGGUUGCAAACAGUUAUAAGAUUGGAUAUCGAUCUGAGUGGAUUGGGGAUUUACUAUACUCAUAUACUUAGUCCUGCCAAAAGUUCUGUUACAAGUUAAGUCCGUUAUAGAUAUGAAAUUAUAAUACUUUUUUAAUGAAGUUAGUUUUAUUUAAUCAUGUAAAUAUAAGAAAAAAAAUUUAAAUUUUCAUUUGAAAUGAUCACGAUUUGCUUUUACAUAAGUCUUAAAACGAUUAGACCAUUCAGCACUCACGGUUUCCAUGGGUAUUGACGUCGCUGCUCGAACCAAAGAUUGUAUGAGACUCUCCAAAUUUCUGUGCGGCCUUCGACAGGCGAUGUUUUCAAAUUUUGAUCACAAAUGGAUUUAGGUCUGCACUUCCAGGCGACCAAUCUUCUGCGGCUAUGAACCCAGAAAUAUUGUUUUCUAGCCACUGCUGGGUGGUUUCUGCCUUAUGUGGUGGAGUGGAAUCUUGCUGGAAGAACCGAUGCUCUCCAUUGAAGAGAGUACAGCUCAACUGCUUCACAACAUCUUCUAAGAUACACUGGUCGUUGCACUGGUCUUAACCUUUUUUUUCGCAGAAUUGAAGAGAUUUAACGCCUUUAUAAGACAGCCCUCACCAAACUAUUUCGGAGGUUGGUUGGUGGCCACGUUGAACCCUUGGGACAAAAUUUUUUGCGUCUUCAGAAGUUUUAGCGUAGAUUUUGUCGUUUUGCUUAUUAAAACCCUUUUCAACAGCGAAAAUUUCUCAUCUAUGAAAAGAAUAUUUUCAUGGCCGUUGACCGCGUGCCACUGUAGAAUCUGCUUGCAUCUGUCGAGUCUAAUUUUCUGCAAGCGCGUUGUCAAAAGAUGACCAGCUGAGCUACGGAGAUCAUCUUUAAUUAGUCUUGACAUGGAUCUGGUCGAUACAUUCAUUUCCCUGGACAUGAUUUUCCGCUUUCUAAGAGGAUUACUGCGAAUUCUUUCUCGAACGGCUUUUCGGGCUGCACUGGUUCGAACCACGCGAGGACGACCACUUCUUUUUCUGUCCGUCACUUCAGACGCUUAGGAAAAACGAUUAGUCGGCGCAGUAAACAAACAUUCUCGAAAUAUUUAGUUUUUUCAGCCAUUCGUAAAUCUCACUUGCACUUUUACCACUCUUUUGUAAUUCAAUCAGUGCAAUACGAUUGUUCCUAGCUCCCCACUCCAUUAUUAACAAGCGAAAUUUUCAACGAAAGUGACAAUAAUUUAUGAGUAGACAAUGCAUUCGAACAAAAGCAAAAAUAACGGAACUUUUUGUGCGAAUUUGUUCUCGCCGUUAUGCAUUGUAAAAUUUGUCACAGAAUUUAUGGCAAGACUACGUAUUUACAUUUAUGUAAGUAUAUCUCUGGUAGU